CCCAGCCCAGGCGAGGCGAGGCGGGGCGGCCGCCCCCGGGGGCAGGAUGGUCGGGGAGCGCGGCCGGUGCGGCGGGCGCGAUGGAGCCGCCUGAGGGCUGGGACCCGUACGGGCGGCCGGCCCGGCGGACGCAGUGGCUGGUGAGCGCCCUGGCCUACCACUACGGGCUGGACCGCGGCGUGGAGAACGAGAUCGUCGUCCUGGCCACCGGCCUGGACCAGUACCUGCAGGAGAUCUUCCACCACCUGGACUGCGCCGGGGCGGGCAGGAUCCCCGGCGAGGACUUCCGGACGCUGUGCCAGGUGCUGGGGCUGGAGGAGGCGGCGGCGGCCGAGGCCGACCCCGAGGAGUGCGCGGGGCUGUGGGACGGCCUCUCCGCCGAGCUCACCUUCCGCCAGUUCCACGCCCGCCUCUGCGGCUACUUCAGCACCAAGGCGGGCAGCGCGCCGCGCCGCGCCGUGCCGCGCCUGCCGCUGGGCCGGGAGAGCGAGCACAUCGAGACCCAGAUCCGCCUGCGCAGCCCCCGCCGCCGCCGCCGCCGGGAGCCGGCCGGACCCGGCGCGGCGGGGCGGCCCGGCGGCGGCAGCGGCGGCGGGGGGCCGGCGGCGGAGCGGCGGCCGGCCGGGCCCUGCUCGCGGGAGUGCUACGAGGAGAUCGUGGCGCUGGAGCGGGCCGAGGACCGCAUCGCCAAGCUGGAGGAGGAGAACGGCAGCCUGCGGGAGCUGGUGGAGGACAUGCGGGCCGCCCUGCAGAGCAGCGACGCCCGCUGCCUGGCCCUGCAGGUAGGACUGCGGAAAAGCCAUGCUAACCAUAAGGAAGAGGGGACCUGUUUUAUAGGGAGUAAGAGACCAUUAAUGCAGAACCACUCCCAGACCAAGUGCCUUCAAAGUGUCCUGAAGGAAGUGGAACUCAUCCGGAGCUCCAGGGAUGGGCAAAUUGAAGAAGCAAUUAGGUUCAAUCAAGAGUUGGAAAGAGAGCUGAAGAGUUCUCAGGAAGCUCUGGUCAAUCUGGAAGACUGCAACCGUAACCUGAAGAGGGAACAAGCAGAAAUGAGGAAGAAGGUUGAAGAGGCAAGACAUGCCGUCCUUAACAGUCUUAGCAAAGUGAAGGAGCUAGAAGUGAAAGCUAAUGAAGUGCCACAUCUGCAAAUAUACAUUCAGCAGCUAGAAUCGGAACUGCAGCACUAUAGGACGGAAAUUGUGAGAUUUCAGCUUCCCUCAAGAAGCAGCCCAGAUCAGAAAGAGGGAGCAGCCUUACCAGGUGGAAGAUACUGCCUGUCUGUUGCGCAACAAGAUCGACGAUCUCCCACUGGCGGAGCUGGGAUUUCUGAGAACGAGGAUCAGCUGUUCCGUUCUGUGGAGGGCCAGGCUGCCUCUGAUGAAGAGGAGGAGAAGUGGGCAGGAGACCAGCCACCCCAGGUGGACCAAAUGAAGAAAAUACUGGCCAAGCUCCCUUGCUGUGGCAGCGGAUGUGAUGAAAAAAUGUGGAAAAAGCUAAUGUCUUACUUGGAGAUCACCAAUACUGAUGGCUACGAAACAGCCCCUGUGGAGCUCGCAGAAAGAAUCACACAGCUAACUGAACAGCUUGAGCUUAAAGGGCAUGAAGUGAAGAAACUGGAAACAAAUAUGGAAGAGAUGAAAGGCCCAUUGCUAGGUGAACUGCAGCAAAAGGUGGAGGAGACCGAAUUGUUGAAGACGGAGCUGCAGAUGUUGGAGACUGAGAGAGUUAGGCUGUCACUGGUGGAAGAAAAGCUCAUGGAUGUUUUACAGCUUCUUCAACAACUUCGAGACUUGAACAUAUCUAAGCGAGCCUUGGGGAAAAUCUUGCUGAGCACUUUGGAAUCCUGCCGUGACCCCCAACCUGGAAAAGCCCACCUAUUUGAAGUCCUAGAUACUCUUUACCAUGAGCUGACAGCCUGUGAACUCUUACAAAGCCAGCCUCUGGAGAAGGCGCAGAGUUGCCAGUCCUUGUCUAACCCACUGGUCAUCUCGUGCUGAGCAGCAGUGCCAACUACAACCUGCACAACGAGCCAAACAACAGUCAUCGUUCAUUCAAACACGUGAUGAAUGAAUAAGAUUUGUCCAAUUCAGUGGAGCUCAGUAAUAGGCAAAAGUAAUAGAAUAAUUCAGCCAUGAAAUCAAAGGUUUGCUGCUUCUGAGAAGAGCGCCAGUUCCCCAGCUAACGUCAAAGCCCUCCCUUACGUGAAUGAGCAUUCACAUGACGUGAGGAUUACAUAGCAAUGUCUGUCUCUGAUGGAAGCCUAACCAUCCUUGUAUGAUGGCCCUGUAACUGUACUGGUUAACCAAAUAAAAACUAUUCCAAAUACACUGACCUGACCUAUUUAGAUUUACAGCCCUGGUUACACGCUGGCUGGGCAUGGUUUCUAGCUUUUGUGAUAGCUCAAUUCAAAAGCAAAAGGCAGCCUAUGUUAUCACUGGCAAGUAAACCCUUUCCUUAACAUACAAGUGACAAAAUGACUGUAUUAUAAACAUACACAUGAUUGUAUGCCAGUAGUGUAAGUUUUAAGGGCUCAUGUAUAAAAUGUGUUUGUGUGUGUCUGUAUUUGUGAUUCAAUUAUUCACCUUAUUUAACUCUGAAGUUAGAUUUAAUAUUGCUCUGCUGAAUUUUGUAUUUGCAAUUAUAGAGAUGCCUUAGAAAUUUGCAUCAGUCUGUCCUGACGAUAGUCUUAGAUUUUACAUAAAAAGUUAAAUUUAACUGCUUGAAAAAGGUACAAAGCAAUCUUGUUCCCAGGCUUUCAGGGAAAGGAAGAGUUGAAAAAUUCACUUUGCAGCAGCUGCCAUUGUCGCAUUAGCAAACGACAUGUGCAGUACACAGCUUUGUUUCCUCAUUUAAUUUCCCUCAGUGCAACUGUAGGGACACAAAGCUAGGCCCAAAUUACAGACAAAUUAAUGUAAAAUGCUGGGCCUAAUCAUGGUGCCACGUAAUAUUUUAAUCAGCUAUAAAAUAAUUCCUGGGGGCAAAAGUAAAAAAAAUAGUUGCUUCCAAGAUGCUUUUGUUGUUUCAUUCAACUAUCAAACACAGAAACUAAAGAAGCAGAGCUCUUAAAUGAUCCAACUGAAUUUAUAUUAUUAAAAAGAUGCACCGUAGGUCUUUUAAGAAUGUGAAAUGAUUUGCCUGAGAUAAUGCCAGGAAUGAAAUAAGACCAUUCAAUUCUGAACUGUGCAUAUAUUAAUUUUUCCCAUGAAAAUGGUUUUCAUACAGGAAUAAGAUCUAUACUACAAUGCAGUCCAGGGAAUAAGAAGAUUUCUAUUCCUUUCUAUUCAUAAUACGCUGUAUAGCUUACACACACCUCCAUCCAAAAUUGUGAUACAUUACUUAGCAUUUAGAGCCAUGUUGGUAACAAAAAAUUGCAAUAGAUAUUUUCAUUUCAUUUUGGAGGAGGAAAAAAAGAUAUUUUGGAAACAAUGGAACAAACUCUGUUCAAUGGUGUUUUACCUGGGGUUUUUUUUCUGGAUUAACAGAGGAAGAUUUUAAGAAUAGAUAAAAAAAUUUUUAAAAUAGAUUUUUCAUAAAGAUAAAUUAGACAGGACAUAUAUACAUAGUGCAAUAUUCACCCUAUAAGAAAGAAAACUUUGUACUAAUACUAAAUAUAUUACUAACAUAAUACUAAGCAGUACAUACUAUUACUUAGUAUGUACUAAACUAUAUGCUAAUAUUAUAUACUACAAAAACUAUACACUAAAUGUGCAACAGAUAAAAACUAAAAUGAGCAGAAGUUAGUUUCCUGCUUGGGUUCAUUUUCUAAAAAACAAGUAGCAGCUUAUGUUUUGUGCAGGUCUCUUAGACUUCCCAGGAAUAAUGUAUAUGUAUAAAGAGAAAAAAUGCCAGCAAAUCAUUAAAUAAGCAUGAUCUGUGUGUAUCGUUAGCAGAAGCGACACUUCAGGAAUAGGAUUAUAAUGGAAGUACAUAACUAAUUAUGGAUACUCUCAUGUACUGCAGGAUUCUUUCGUCAUUUGUAUUAGUAUUAUUUACUGUAUCCACUCUCUAUAUAUACACAUAUAAAUGUGAAUUUGUAUUAUAUAUACUUACGCAUACCUUAAGAUUGCUAUGCUAAUUGUAUAUUUUUAGUAUCUUUUUCACCACUGAGUUUCCAUUUCACUUUCUAAUAUAUUUCUAGAAAUCUAGACUAUUAAGUAAACUAAUAUCCUAAUGCCAAAAUGGGGGAGGAGCAAUACAAUCUGAGUGAGUGCUACACAGCUUAUCCAAGCAGCAGUUGAACUGUAACUGGAAACUAGAAAAUGCCACUGGAAACCUAAACUAAUGUUAAGGAAGAUGCAAACAGUUGAGAUAAAAGGAAGCUUUUGUGAAUAAAUAAACAGCACUUAACUGAUAUAAGAAGCAGCAAGAUCACAUCUUGCUAAAUUAGCUUCAAAUACUGUAACUUUUUUAUUUCUUUAAGAAAUGCCUAUAUCAGAAUCAUUUUUGAUACAUCAGCAUAUGCUGAUUAACCUUUUAAUAAUAAAAGCUGAUUAUUUUAACUCCAAAAAGUAAUUAAUAUGGAGCAAGUAAGACUUGCAGUAUUUGCAUAAGAAGAAUCUGUUCUUCAGGAUGGAUCAAGAAACACUCCUCAGUCAAAUUCUUGCUGGACAUCAGAGACAAAGCAAAGCACUGUACUUUGGUAAGACCUUCUUUGGUGACCUUUAAAUUGAUUUUUUUCUUAAAUACUUUUACCUUAAUGUUUUAUACUGAGCUUGUCAGCAGCGUUGCUGAGGCUGCUAAAUACUUCAUAUGAAGCUGUAUACUUAUGUGAUUUUAAAUCAAUGUAACUGGGAAAUUUCUAGCUUUGCCUUCCACAGUUUGAUUUACUAUGUGGAACAUGUUCAAAAGAGUCUGCACAGUAAUCCUGGGAAGCAAACACAAACCUCUCAGUUUUCUAAAAGACCUAGCUCCUUAAGUCAAGUAAUUACUGCAGAUUUCAGCUACCUUUUUUUUUCCUUUAUAAAAUUUCUUGCCUUUUUGAGUAUUGGAAUUGUUCCCAGAUAAACAGCGAACUGAAAUAUCUAAUCAAGUCUCAUUAAUAGCUUCACCAUAUUUCAAACAAUAAUGUAGGAGCAGUUAUUACCCACACUGCUGACUGCGUAACAAACACCUCCUUUGAACAACUGGAGCAGUCUUCACAGUAACAUACUCUGCAAUUGCUCAUCUAGCACAUACAAAAUUGUAGAUUUGCACAAACUAGUACUCACAUUGCAGGGAACAUAUACCAAGUUUAAACUAACUUUGUAAAAAAAAAAUUCCCUAUAUGACAAAAACUGAAAAGAUAACAAAGCACACUCAAAAGCCUUCUGUUUAAAAAGUACAACCACAAAUCCAGUAUCUCAAAUCUCUGCAAACAUUUUGUUUUGUUGUAUGCUUACCAAAUGGUAAUAAAUUGCCAUUUGCUUGCAUCUUGACUUCUCACUAAAGAAAAAAAUCACAGAGUGCAUGUGCUAUAAACAUAACAAGUGCAAUUGCCCAUCAAAAAUUUUGCAUAAGCAGAUGAAGACCAUCAGAGCAUGCCUUCCCAACAUUUCUUUGCUCAGUAGGAAAACCAGUUUGGGGAGUACAUUACCAGGUAAGACCAGAGCCCUGCUGUACAGCUUCCAACUGGUAAGGGUUACUUUGGUCUUGUCUGUAGAAGGGACCUGUACUACUUUGAUUUUCAGUUAGAAAGCCAAUAGGGAUCUAUAAAAGGGCUAAAGCAACCUAAUUAUGCUGGCUUUGAGGCAUUCCGGUUGAACUCUGGCUCUAUACCAUGCUUGAGAUUUUAUCCCCUCCCCAGCAUGCUCAUUCCUCAUUCUAGUAGAUUUAUUUUUUUCUUUUGAGAAUAAUUCCAUUCAUUCUUAAAGGACAGUUUGUUUCAUCCCAGAUGUAUCUGCUGGAGACUCCCUGAUGUAAUUCACCCCAACAAAAGUUAUUCUUCAUCACCUCCUCUAUAUGUCUUUCCUCCUUCAUUGCUAAUUGCAGAGCAAUAAAUCCCUCAGGCUCGCAGAUUUUGUACUUCAAGACUGGUGUCCAGUCUUUCCUUGAAGUAGCUGCUUGGAGUGUUCUCAGCACUCCUAACCCUCACUCCUACAAGUCCCAAGGAAUGUGCCCUUUCUCCUGCUCACAUGUCCCCUAAACCUGGCAGUCUAGCUCUCAGAGACUUUGCUCGUAUAAUGUGUUUGCAUUUCCUUAGCCUUAGCGGUUCAACAUUAGACCUCCACAAAUUGUGAUCAAACUCGCUUUCUUAGCAGUCACCAUAUUAAUUUAUUAUUUUUUUAUUAAAACUGCAAAUUGGCCAUAACAAGGAAGCUGGGACAUUUCCUCCACUGAUCUCCACUGUUUCCACAAAACAAGCUUUCUGAUUUGGCUUCAUUCUCAAACUACUUUCUCCUCAUCAUUUGGCAUAUUUCUUGUUGAGAUAACCUGAGGGUCUGCACACUUCUCACACAACUUACAUUUUUCAAGAAGAGUUUCCUCCUCCCAUUAUUUUUUAUUUUAUAUGAGGUAUUAACUAAUAAUAAAUUAAAGUCCACCUGAUAUAUAAAGUUA